GGAGAACUCCAGAGGUCAUGCUCACAGACUGUGGCGGAGAAAGUUAGUGAACAAUGCCAGCUGGCAUGCCACUGUCGAAGAUACCCUCCUCUUCCUCCUCCGCCGCCUCCACCACCUCCCCCACGGCUACUGGGCACCACAGUGGUAAAGCCCAUAGUGCCCUUGGUGAGGCCAUGGUGGAUGGAGAUGGACAUUAUAGUGCUUGGAACGGUGGGCUGUGCCUCGGUUGUCUUCCUCCUCUCAGCCAUCAUCAUCUGCUACAAGGCCAUCAAGAGGAAACCACUACGAAAAGAAGAGAACGGGACAAGUCGUGGGGAAUAUGCCAUGAGCAUCCGUAACAAGAAGGCCAUGGGUACGAACAACACUGUGGUAUAGACUGUCUCCUGGUAGACACAGGAAGUGACAUCACAAUUACCGUCUCACACCUUUCCCCCCCCCCGAUACAACAACAAUCCCUUCUCACCCAGAAUGCAACUGGGUUUUACCCAAGAUUUUCAUAUAGGUAAACCUUUCCUCUUUGCUUGGCAUGUUGCCCAGACUGAAGACACCAUUCAGCUCCAGAGGAGCUGUAAAAGAUGGAAGGAAAAAAAAUCAAAGCAGGAAGGACGGAGAGAAAAAUCCACAAACCCCCAUGGUGUUGAAAGUGGCACAGCAGGCUGAACAUUAGGCUCUUAGUAACAGCAAGUGUUGCUGACAGGCUGGUUGGCUGCUGGCUGGAGAGGGACUGUCUGCCAGUCUGCGGCAGAUCCAGACCUCACACACUGUUGACAUCUGCAAUGGAACAACAGACAAUACAGCAGCCCUGCAGUCCCAUGGGUGGCCAGACAGGACAGCCCCAUCACACACAAUAAAUAACGUGCAUGCAGUUUUUACAGAGAAUGCAACAUUUUUUUAUAUUCUAAUUACACACUGUCCAUCUUUUGUUCUCCAUUUUUGAGACAGAUACUUUGUGAGAGGCAUGAUGUUACUAUCGGUCCUGGCUCUGAGAUGUGGAUUCAUCUGACUAUGCAAUUUAAAGAAAUCCAUAUAUAAAAAAGAGAGGAGAGCAACAACAUCAACAGGGGACGUUCUGGUUAUUUUACCAUGCCAAAAAUGCCACCGAAGACUUAGGCUCAAUGUAAUAUACUUCAGUCAUUCAUCAAUUUAUUUCCUCUAUUUAUUUACUUAUCUAUCUUUGAAUUUAUUUUUCUACUUAAAAGAAAAAAAACUGUCUUGUAAGUUACUCACAUCUUUUCAACUCCUGAACAUCUUGAUGAAUUCAUUUUAUUUCUUGAUAGCUCUGUUUUUUAAGUGAAUUAUUUAUAAACCAUAUAAUUCAUUUGUGAUGCUCCAAUGCUUUAAGCCUGCUGUCAGUUUGUUGAGACACUGAUGCAGAAAACACGCUUCACUGCAAAGAGUUUUGGUAUCAGUUGUUUUGUCUCUGGAUGUUUGAUAUGCUUUUCUCUGUUUCCCUGAGACUUUGGCUAAAAAUCCAGGGGUCUCUAUGAUGUGCUAUGUGAAUGUGUGUUUUCCAAACAUUAUUUCUGUGCUGCAUCAUAUGCCAGCCCCCAUUUUAGAUUUGUUAAUUCAAUGCCCAUGCCACCCUAAAGUUAAACCUGAUAUUACAAGUAAUUUGGUUAAAUCUUGUUGUUUCAGAGUCUCGGGGUCAGCUAGAUGCCUUCAGCCGUGUUUUGUUUGGAUUUGACAAUCUUCAUUUUUCUAUCUGUCAAGACGGGCUUAGCCCAUCGCUAUAGAAACAGGGGACAUGAGCCCAGGGCUGACCUUGUGACUGGUGAGAGACAGGAGACUUAGCCAAUAGCCAGAGAUCAGGUUGCACGGAGGAUGGCCUCAGCAGGGAUGUGUGUGACUCAGUGCUGUCACAGGCAUCCUCCACAUCCCCACUGGAAAAACACAACUGAGCUGAACUGGAGCAUCACUCAACGCUGCUCUGCUCUGCUGCUUUUUUAUUUUUAUUUUUAUUUUUUACAUUAAAUCUGCGUGUGUCUGUGCGUGCAUGUGUGUGAGUGUGUGUUUGUCUGUCUGUCUGUGAGUGUGCAUGCAGAUGAGUGUACUCAGUGAGAGUGGGCUGUACUCUGUGGCUGUCAGUUAAGUAUAGAUAUUGGCUAAACUGUGGAAAUUUGGAAAAACACAUGCUUGCAUCUAAACAUGCACAGGUUAUUAGCUAACAGUAUACCCCACCAUGUACUUAUAUGAGAGAACUGAUGGAUGCAUGAAUGUAAAUAUUGAUAUUUAAAUAUCUGCCUUCUGGACUGUUAAUUAAUGUACAGUGUAACAGAACAUAUGUUUAUACAUAGUAAAACUUAAACAAUGUGCUACCAUUUAGAAUUAUGUCAAUGUCGUCAUGUUGAUGGAGCAAGCCAUUAAUGUAUAUAUGGCAAUCAAUAGUACAUACACAAUUUAUGCAUUAUACCAAACAGAUAGAAAGAUGUGCAUAAGUUGAUUUCAUU